AUAUCACUGAACCCUAAUAACCGGCCAAACACCCGACGUCAAGAAUCUCUAGUCUCUUUUAAGAAACGAUCCGAUCAUGCCCGAGAAGGCCGACGACGACGAAGAUGCGAGGAAUAACGACGGCGCCGGCGGAGACUCGAAGCCGAAGAAUUCGGCUGGAGUCAUAAAGAUCCCUUCUUAUCAAGAGGUCUUCGGCACAGCGGGUUCCUCUACCCCUCCACCCCACAAUCCUUACCCUUCCUUCUCGCAAGCCUUCUCCUUCAUUAAAUCCUCCGAGUUCUAUACGCCGCCUCCUGCUCCUCCUCCUCCAUCUUCCGAAACUACCCCGCCGUCGGUGCCGCCUUCCACGGUUUCCUCGGUGAGUGGGUCGGGUCAGAAUCGGAAUUCAAUUCUUGUGAGCCAACGCCAGAAGGGGAACCCAUUGCUGAAGCAUGUUAGGAAUGUAAGAUGGAUGUUUGCUGACGUUGUUUGCGACUAUUUUCUGGGCCAGAGUUCUUGUGCUCUUUAUAUAAGUCUCCGUUAUCAUCUUCUUCAUCCUGACUACUUAUAUUAUCGAAUUAGAGAAUUACAAAACAACUAUAAGCUGCGAGUUGUCUUGUGCCAUGUUGAUGUGGAAGAUGUUGUGAAGCCAUUGCUGGAAGUUACCAGGACAGCCAUGCUUCAUGAUUGCACUCUUCUUUGUGGAUGGAGCUUUGAAGAAUGUGCUCGAUACUUGGAGACAUUAAAAGUGUAUGAGAACAAACCCUCCGACAGCAUUCGUGAGCAUAUGCAUACAGACUAUCUUUCACGGCUAAAUCAUGCACUUACUAGCAUUAGACAUGUGAACAAGACUGAUGUAGUAACACUUGGUUCAACUUUUGGGUCUCUAUCAGGUAUUAUGGAUGCUUCCAUGGAAGAUUUAGCUCGCUGCCCUGGCAUCGGUGAAAGAAAGGUGAAGCGUCUCUAUGAUACUUUUCAUGAACCAUUCAGGCGAGUUUCUUCACGGCCUGCUAGUGUCAUUCCAGAAACUCCUGUCAAGGACAGAAAUGCUGAGGAAGCUAGUACCUCUGCGCAUGAUACCAAUGAGCUUGCUGGACAGCUGACGAAUCCUUCCGGAUCUCAAAAAGAAACUAAUCCUCCUAAUAUUAGAUCGGUGCUGAAUGCUGCCUUCGCUAAGUAUGCUGAAAAGGUACGUAGACAAGACACAAAAGCCACCUCACCUGAACGAGGAAAAUCCGGCAAUGGCAAGACCAAAAAGGAUGGAUAAGACUGAGGUUUGUUAAUCCAUUGAAGUAGAGUAAACAUAUGCCAUGAUCAAGAGGAAACCAAUCUCUUCACUAUGCAGUAUAGUAUGCCUUUAAUCAUUCAUAUGGAUAAUUUUCUCUGCGAUGUAGAUGAAGGAAGAUGUUCAAUGUUUUAUCCCCUUGUUCUUUCUGAGUUCUUAUCCUUUUUCAAGUGAUACUUUGUUUGGUGAAACUAUGCCCUAUGCCAAAACAAAUAUUUUUAUCAGCUUUUA